CACCUACAACAUUCUUUUUCACUUGCUCUUCACCUGGAAUGGGGCACUCUUAGACACUCUUGUGUGUCAAAAUUCUCCAUAGAACAAGCCAGAUUAGUGCCCCAGGCAUGGGCAACCGACUUCACCGUAGCUCUGAAAGCUGUCCCCACACGUUGUGCAGAGUCCACAGUCGUUGCAUAACGACGUCACUUGGCUACCUUUUCCUCAACCUCUUCCAAACAGAUCCAAGACGAACCCGACGGGGGUCAUGUGGUCGAUUGGCGUCAACUUCGCCCAAGCCUCGUCCGUCGUUGCAUCUCCAAAACUUGACAAGCCCUCUAAUGGAGUCGGCGGAUGAAAGGGAGGUUAAUGAUCCAGAAGAUAAUGGCAAGGAAUGAUGAGGUUGGGUUAUCAGGUGCUUCGCGCCCAGUGAGGACAGGCAUCAGCGUGAAUAUGUCGCUCCGAGUAAUAUUUGACUAGAGAUUUCAGGCGGGCCAAGCGAAGUCGACGUCCGUCUCUCUGAUCACCGACUCACGGUACUAGCUACUAGCUCAAGCUUGUCUUCCUCAUCAAAGCCGUCAGACUUCAACGAAUCCAUAUCAACGACUCCCACAUAUAACGACUCGCGCAUAUAACGACCUUCGUCUUGGGGCACUCAUAACCUGGUGGCGAACAACUCGGACCUAGAGCAACUAGAAUACAACUACAAUGCACAUCGGCGCAUUC